AUCGGCUGAGUUCUUGGGAGUUGUUACCAGCAUCAAUAGUGGUUUCAUUGACAACUUUGACCUUUUCUUUCUGACGGCCGUUAGCACCUUCAGAGCGUACUUUCAGGCAACUUUCAUAAUCUUUCUUUGUUUCCAUCUCAUUCGAACCCCUUGCUGGUAACUUAUAUUCCCGCUGGUCGGCAUUCGUAUCAUCUUGGGCAACUCGGUUCAUCGAGCACCGCAAUUUUGUCGCCCAGGUGUUCUUGGCUAUAGCUGACUAUUACUUAUACCACCAUCGUUUGACGGAGGGAAGGCCUUCGUUCCUUUGCCCCCUCACGAUUUCUCAUGUCUCCUUGCCAUCGAAUAUUUGCCCUUGCCUUUGCAUUCUUUCUUGGAUUUCACUAUGUCUCUGAGCUAGGGGAACUGGACUGCAGGAGCAGUUUCGAUGCAGGUGCAGGAUGGAUGGUCACGAUUAAAAUACUUUCUCCCCCAAGACCAUUGAAACGAAUCGCACAUCCGUCCACUCUUGCACUUGAGAUUCUUCCUCGACGGCCAUCAUCUUCCGGAAACUAUGGAAAACGCUCCUUCCCCAUUGAUGAGCCCACUCUCCAACAUACCGACUCCUUCCGCCUCAAAUUAACCGCUUUUGACGAUACCUAUUACCUUCAUCUUCGUCCUAAUGAACACCUCAUUCAUCCUGCUGCGAGAAUCAAAUAUUAUAAAACAGGUCCGAAUGGGGAUUCGAUACUCAGUCACACCGAACCUCUACUUCCUCAAUCGAUUAAAGCUUACUGGGGAGAGGUUAUACCAGCAGACGUAUCUCCAGAUCGUAUGAGAGAAGAUGCCGCAGGUGUCUGGCUUAGGCCUUCUGGAAAGUCGGAACUGGGUUGGGCAAGGAUUACAGUUCACCAUCAAGGCGAUAUUCAUCGAGGAAUUGCACCCUCGUUCGAAGGCGCAUUCUCAGUGAAUGGCGUUGUUCACCAUGUCAUGACCAAGGAAAAUUACUUGCGUAACAAGCAUCAUCUGGACCCACAUGUCAUAAGCAUGGACGAGGACUCAUCACUGGUCAUCUUCCGAGACUCGGAUAUCAUGUCGCCUCAUGAAUACCACGCGGUACAAGGCUUGGACUCUCAACCCAUUCCUAAACCUCCAAAGGCUUGCGGACAUGAUAGGCUCAAAUACAACACUGACCCGUCACAGAACCCUGCCCUAAGAAGACCGGCGCCUCCUCCUACUUCGCCAUGGUACGAUCCGUUCAGAUUCUUGGACACUCGGGCCCCUAAUGCAACGCUUGUGAGACGAGAUGAUGUCGCUGGUGGUGGCAUGGGCAUCAACUUCCAAGAUCACAUUGGUGAUACAGUUGGAUGUCCGGCCACCCAGAAGAUUGUGUUUAUGGGAGUUGCCGCAGACUGCGAGUAUGUUAGGCAGUAUGGGUCACAGCAAAACGCGAGUCAGCAGAUCAUAUCGAACUUCAACACUGCCAGUGCUCUGUAUAAGAAUACAUUCAACGUCAGUCUGGGUAUUGUAGAGUUGCAGAUUCAAGACCCUCAGUGUCCAAGUACCGCUGAUUCGGCGAACCCUUGGAACGUCGCAUGUAGCAACGAUAUAACGCUCAAUAGUCGCCUGUCAGUCUUCUCUGAUUGGAGGGGGAAGAAGGGCGCUGACGGUGCCGGACUCUGGCAUCUGAUGUCUGGAUGUCCUACUGGGACGGAAGUCGGUAUCGCUUGGCUCGCAACUCUGUGCCAAGUUACGUCUUCUGGCAGUUCGCCAAACGUUGUCUCUGGAGCUGCUGUUUCGACGUCAGGACGUGUGGAAUGGCAAGUCAUCGCACACGAAAUUGGUCACAAUUUUGGAGCUAUACACGAUUGUACCGACGGAUGCGAUGGCAAUGACGGUGAAUGUUGUCCACUAACUAAGGAUAGCUGCAAUGCCAACUCGCAAUUCAUCAUGAGCCCUGUCGCUGAAGCUGGAGAGACCAAAUUCUCGCAGUGUAGUCUCGGCAACAUCUGUUCCCUCAUGCUCGGAAACUCUGGAGGCAUGACCAAUACCUCCUGCUUGGCUGACCCUGGUUCAGGGCCUCAGUUGAUCUCCUUGCAAAUGUGUGGAAACGGUAUCGUCGAAGAAGGCGAAGACUGUGAUCCCGGUACAGGCUCCACUUCCAGCUGUUGUGAUGUCGACACGUGCAAGUUCAGGUCUGGUGCAGUAUGCGAUCCGGAUAGUAGCCCGUGCUGCACUGGAGAAUGUACUUUUGCCCCGACGACACAGGUCUGCAGGCCAUCGAAGGAUUCACUAUGCGAUCAACCAGAGAUGUGCACUGGAAAUUCCUCGUCUUGCCCCUCCGACGUGUUCUCCCCUAAUGGUCAAAGCUGUGGAGACAAUGGCUUGGCUUGUGCGAACGGCGUCUGCACCUCCCUCGAUAAGCAAUGUCAGACUGUCGGUGCUUCUAUGAACUUAAGUAGGGCUUGCAACAGCCAGAAUGAUCGGUCAUGUCAAGUUUCGUGUCAGGACCCCAGGGUGUUCAAUCAGUGUGUCAUCCUACAGUCUACGCUGAUAGAUGGCUCGCCUUGCGGUUACGGAGGAACUUGUGUGAGCGGCAACUGUCAAUCAGGAAGUUUCUUGGAUACCGCCAAGUCGUGGUACACAAGCAAUUUGCAGAUUUCGAUUCCUGUGACGAUUGUGGCCGCCGUGGUCCUACUUCUCGUCAUAUGGGGUGUCAUAGCUGCCAUUCGAGGUUGCAUUAGAGGCAGUCCGUCAAGGAGGAGAAGGGAUAUGCGAAAACUGAGUAGUUGGGAUGGACCACCCCCAGUCGUUUUCAAUGCCGGCGGUCCGAGGAUGGCUCAGAUGUCAGUGCCUCCGAGUAUACCCCCAUACGCUACGCGACCCACCGUUCCGGGACAGGGGCCGGCUCCUAUGACACCACAAGGGCAUACACGGUACCAUUCGUCUGGCUCUUGGGAAGAGCAUUACCCUCUCAAUUCGCCUGAGUUCCGUCAACCUAUACCGGGUGGAACGCCACCGGCUGCUUCACCAUAUGUGCCCCGAUACUGACGGCGUAUAAUUUCUGAGGCUUAGAUGUCGAAAUCCGCGCUUCCCCUAUGCUUCCCCCGGACCCUUAUAACAUGUACCAUUUUGUAUCAUUUUUGCAUUGCGUAUUUACACGGACUUGAUUCAUGAAAGUAACUCCCUGAUUCAACGCGACUUGCAAACUCUUAGAAAGCAACAAAAGGAAUCUGGCAUUAUCAACCCAAGACUUUAACUCAAGCCUCAACUCGAAGACUAUAUGGAAUGUCUGACGUGCAUGCAGCUUAAUCGACAAUGGAGCCUUGACGUGCCAUGGAUCGUCUCGUAGCCAGCUGUUAUAACUUGCACCCGACCGCACAAACAGGAGAUAUUACCAAAAGCGAUCAUGAUGAAAGCUGAAUUUGUGUCCCUCAAGUCUGUGGAUUUCACAUUCGACUAAAGACUGGGAGACUGGAUAAUGGUUUCAAGGAAGGCAUACAAUUCGUACAGAUGUAAACUUAGUAUCGGGAUAGGCAGACGAGUGCGCUGCAAUGGACGGAAACCUGAAUUUGAGGGUCGCAUAAUAAAGAAAAGUGAGACUG